UAAAUAGCGUCACAUCCUCUUCCUUAGGGGCCUACAAGUAACGAAAACUAGCUGCCCGUCGAUGCGGGUCUGUGGAUGCAGCUGUGUGAGCGGCGCACUGCGCUUAAGGGAGCGUCUUUAAAGAGACCAUCGGGGAAAGAAACGUGGAGAUUAAAUUGUGUGCCUGCAGAGGUCUGGGAGGAUGCCUGCAGCCGAAGGUCACCACGCUCAGCGCAUCCUGUCCUCUCUGAACCAGCAGAGGGCAGCAGGGAACUUCUGUGACGCUGUCCUGCAUGUGGGAGGCGGGGUGGUCUACCUGGCCCAUCGCUGCGUCCUGGCCUGUUUCAGCGAGCUGUUCCAGGAGCCCCCCGCUCCUCCCGCCGCCCCCUGCAUGGAGUUCAGCCUGCAGGGCUGCCCCGGCAGCGGCCUGGAGCUGCUGCUCAACUUCGUCUACACCGGAGAGCUCAAGCUGGACCCCGACAACCUGGAUCAGGUGCAGCAUGCGGCCAGCAGCCUGGGCAUCCCGCAGGCUCUGGCGCUCUGCGAGCAGUUUAAGGACACGCCUCAGGAGCCGCUGCCCGUGAAACGUAAGCGAGGCAGGCCCAGGAAGUCUGCAGUCGACACGACUGCGGUGAAGGAGGAGAAUCCGACUAAAGCCACCAAAGAUGAGUCCGGCCUUGAUGCAAGCACGGCCAGUUUGACUCCGUCUCCCAGUUCCAGUUCUGCCACAACAACCACGCGCUCCGGACGUGUGGUUAAAGGCCCCAGAAGGCUGGUGACGAUAGAUGAGAGCUCCAUCUCUGACAGCAAGAGGCCCGCAAGUGUUCCUGCAGAGGCAGAAAGCUGUGACGUGACUGAAAACACAAACUCUGAUCAGCCAGCAGCUGAAGCUGAGGCAACUAAGCAGCAGAUUGAAGUGAAGGACUGUGUUAGCCAGGCGACGGAGGAAGACGACGACGACGACGUGGAGGAUCUGGAGGCGAUCAAUGAGGGCACGGACGAGGAGUACGUUCCUGCCGAGGAGCCCGCUUCCUCACCUCCGUCCGCGUCCACGUCACAGAAGAGCAGAGGUAAAACGAGCCGAAGCAAGGAGAGCGAGACCGUGGAGGAGGACUCCAGCAGGCAGUCAGUGCAGUGUCCCGUCUGCAUGAAGUCCUUCAAAAGCAAAUACUACCUGAAGGUCCACAACAGGCGGCACACGGGGGAGAGGCCUUUUGGCUGCAACAAAUGCGGAAAGAGGUACUUCAGGAAGGAGAACCUCCUCAUACACGAGAUCAGAGACUGCGCUCGAGUGCAGACGUACCCCUGCCCGACCUGCUCCUCCGUAUUGAAAUCCAAGGAGGAGCUGCGUUUGCACAUCGUCUCGCACACAGGAGAUAUGCCCCAUAAGUGCUCAACGUGCCCCGAGCAGUUCAUGUACAAGAAAAACUUGACAAUCCACAUGAUGAAGGUGCACGGUUACCCCAAACCGCACGCCUGUACCCAGUGCACCAAGACCUUUCUGACCCGGACGGAGCUGCGCGUGCACGAAGCGGCCAAACACCGAGGCGAGAAGCCGUUCGUGUGUGAGGAGUGCGGCCACCGAGCGUCCAGCCGCAACGGCCUGCAGAUGCACAUCAAAGCCAUCCACAGAAACGAGCGGCCUUUCGUAUGUAACCUGUGCGGCCACGCGUUCUCCCAGAAGAACAACCUGAACAUGCACCUGCGUAUCCACAGCGGGGAGAGGCCCUACCAGUGUCACCUCUGUGGGAAAACCUUCAGGACGCAAGCCAGCCUGGAUAAACACCACCGCACGCACACCGGCGAGCGCCCCUUCAGCUGCGACGUGUGCGAGCAGCGCUUCACGGAGAAGGGAGCGCUCAUCCGCCACAAGGCCAGCAAGCACGAGGAGGGCCGCCCGCACUGCUGCCACAUCUGCGGCAAGACCUUCAAAGCAAAGGAGCAGCUCCGCGUCCACCUGCAGCGCCAUAAAGGCAUGAGGAAGUUUGAGUGUGACGACUGCGGCUACAAGUUCACCCGACAGGCUCACCUGCGCCGACACAUUCAGGUCCACAAACGCACCGAGAACUACAACCCCCGGCAGAGGAAACUGAGGAACGUCAUCGUGCAGGAGGUGGAGGGAAGUCCGGCUCAGAACGAGGCCGCCGAGGACUCCCCGGCCGCCGCCGCCGACGGGACCUACUUCGCCGAGCAGGUGGCGGCGGAGCCGUCCUCGGCCGACCUGGCCCCGGGCUGCAUUGUGAGGGUGGUGAUCGGGUCGGGGGUCGAGGCUGUGAUGGAGGAGGAGGUGGUGACCAAUCAGAGACUGGGACAGGUGGAGGCCGCGCAGAGCUUCUCUGUGCCGGUGGAGAUGGAGCAAACACCGCUGGUCACACAGACGUACCAGUCCACCAUCGACAUGGAGGGAAUCAUAGAAAGUACAGAGGAGAGUAAAACCUGAGGUUCUUCUUCACUACAGAAGCUCGGCUAAUAAAAUUGUCUUUGUACAUUCAUGAAUAAUAAAGAUGAGACACGACUCCGCAGAAUAAACUCUCA